AUGAUCUCCUUCUUACUUUCUCUUUGUGUCGUUGACAGCCAGCAACGUGCAUGGCGCCUUGCGCAACAAGCCGACAGCGAGCCAUGGCCGUGGUGGAAGAAAUUAUCACCCUGGACGUGGUGGAACGCAGAACCUUAUCAAAGCCCUCACGACUCUACCUGGCAACAUGCUGUACCAGCUACCAGCUCGUCGGACGGUGCAGAUGGUAGCGUUCCGGCUCCUGCGGUGAAUACAGAUCACUGGUACACGCAUAAGAAGCACAGGAAGAUGGCCAAGCUCACCGUCUCGGACGCAAUCGACAUGAGGGAAGGAGUAGCGAUCAUGCUUGUUACAGCAGGCCUGAUAGGUCUAGUUGUCAUUGUCUGGCUUGCAAAGCGUGUGUUCCCGUCAAUUGCGUGA